AUGUACAGUAUAUCAUCAAUCAAGUUUUUAUUGUGCCUUAUCUUUUUAAGUUUGUUUUUUGUUGACAAUUAUAAAGCUUUAAGUGAGAAUUCGCUUUUUUUUUUUUUGCAACCGAAAAUCAGAUCUAAUAGAAAAAAUUUUAUUAAGAAAAGUUAUUAUGAGUUGCUAAAUUAUAAAAAAUCCGAUGAUUGCUUAAAUGAUUUACUAUAUAAAAAUAACAUAAAAUUAAUAGCUAUUGAUAUUGAUGGUACUUUGGCGGAUGAUUCAUCUAAAAUAAGUAAUGAAAAUAUUCAAGCUAUGCAUAUUGCUAAAAAACUAGGAAUAAAUGUUAUUUUUGCAACUGGUAGGUUAUAUAGUACUUGUUUAAAUCUUUUCGAACAGAAACAAAUUGAACAAUUUGAAUUAGAUAAAUAUGAUGGCAUAUAUGCUAACGGUGCUUAUAUUAAUUUAAAAGGAAAUUAUCUUGAUAUUAGAAAGUUUAGCGAUAGGAAUAUUGAUACUUUAUUGUUUUCAUUGUCUCACUAUAAUAUUUUAGAAUAUGCAUUGUUUUCAAAUAAAGAUGAUAUGUAUGUAUAUAGUGAAGAUCCCAAUAUACAAAAACACUUAAUAAAAAAGGAAUAUGAAGGAAACAAAAAUGAGGUUAAAUAUGUAAAGACAUUAUACCCCGAUCACAAUAUAGUUUUAUUAAAUAAACUUAAUGAUAUUUUUAAUAUUGGAGAUAUAGUUAAAGUAUAUUUAUUUGGUAAAUUAUUUCCAGAGCAAAAACAUAUUGGAGAUAUUUUAAAAAUAGUAAAAGAUGAAUUAAGUCCUCAUUUUAGUGUAUACAUGGAGGAAUCAAAUGGGGGUUUUGUUUCAAUAAGACCACUAAAUACUUCAAAAACACUUGCAAUCGACACAUAUACACGAUUACAUAAUAUUAAAUUAGAUGAAGUUUUAUCAAUUGCAAAUGGAGAAAAUGACGUAGAUUUAUUAUCAGUAACAGGAUAUUCUGUCUCUGUCAAAAAUGCAGUUAGCAAUGCUUACAAAGCUGCUAAAUGUGCUAGCACCAAGACUAAUAACGAACAUGCCAUAGCUGAUAUUAUAUAUAAAGUAAUUUCAGGAAGAAGAUUAUAA